AUGCCAUUCCCUCCACCACCUCCACCACCUGCUCCAUCUUCUGGUCCUCCGUUACCGCCACCAAUUGGCCUUCCAGCCUUUGGCAGUGGAGGCAAGAAAGGAAACUCAGGUCAAGCCAGGGAUCAAUUAUUACAAUCAAUUAGACAGGGCAAAACUUUAAAAAAAACUGUUACCGUUGACAAGAGUAAACCACUUAUCAGUAAUUCUCCAAAAACUCCUACAUCAUGUAAUGGCUCAACUAAAACAGAAGAAACAGUUUCUGGCAUUGCGGCUCGAACUCCCAAUGGAUUAGCAGAGCUAUUCGCUGGAGGAAUGCCUAAGCUUAAACCAACCACAAAAUCUCAGGCAACAAGCAAUAUUACACCAACUGCAUUAUUUAAUCAAACUUCUAUGAAUAAAUCACCAUUAAACACAAAUACUCUCCCAUUGAAAAACAAACAGGAUACUUUAAGAAAAAGUCAAAAUGAUAUUAAGGCAAGAGGUCCACCACCCCAGCCACCAUCAUCUUAUAAUCAAAAAUCAAACAUUCCUUUUAGUGCUUCUGAGCCAGUAUCUAUUAUACCAGCUGGCGUUGGACACAACAGAACUGGUAGUGUUCCAAGUCUAAUACCAGAAAAUGCUUCUGGCAAAGGUCCCCCACCUGGAGGUUAUGGUAAACCUAAUGUAGCCCCCAAACCUCCAAAUAAACCAACUGUACCAGUUAAAAAAUCAAACUUGACAGUUAGUUCUAACAAUUUAGCAGCAGGUGAUGGUCGUAAUUUAGUUUCUCGUGCACAAAGUAUGAGAAUUCCAAGAACACCACCAGCUGCUCCUAAUAAUCAACCACCUCAAUUCAACAACUAUACUAUUAGCAAUAAAAAUCAGUUGCCUGCAUUUCAUCAAUCACAAGAUAGUAUUUUAAGAACAACAUUAACAACACUCCCUAAUCCUCAAUGGGGUUCUCGAACAUUAAGGCCUAUUAAGCAUCCUAGCACAAGACCUCCACCGCCUCCAAUAAAAACACCAUUAAAUCCCCCAGCAUGUGCUCCUCCACCUCCUCCUCAUCGUAAUGUUCCACCACCUCCAAAUGUGCCACCACAUAAAAAUAUUCAAAAUAAUCUGAACAAUGGAGUACCACCAACACCUCCUACACGUCAUUCAUCCAUGCGAAAUGGACCUACAUCUGUUUUGAGUUUAACAUUAUUAGAGGAAAUGGAAGCUAGAUUUACCUCUAUGUUUAAGCCUAUAAACAGAAUUCCACCACCUCCCAUUUUCCGAAGGGUUGAUAAAAUAUAUAAUAGUAGACUAGUCGUUGCAAAACAUCAAGCUCCAAAACCUCCUGGUUAUUGAAAAGUAUGACUAAAAUUGCUCAAGUAUUUGCAGGAUUUUGAUUGGUUUGAAACUUCUUAUUAUUAGGUAUUUAAGUUUAGUUAACAGUGACUUGAUUUAACAUAUUUUUAUAAUUGAAAGAAAUUAUAUUUUUUCAUAGUGAACUAGUACAAUAUUUUUUCAAUUUAUAAACCAAAGGAAUAAUUGUGAUAAAUAUUAAAGUAUUUAUAUUGAUGAAAUAUAUAAAGAAAAUAAUUUUUUUUUAUAAAAUAUGAACUAGCAAUUGAUAUAAUUAAUUUCUUACAAAUCAUAAUUAUAAUAUUUAUAUGUAUUACUGUAACUAUGUAUAGUUUUAAAACUAAAAAAAAAAAGUUUUAUUCCAUAACUUUGUGAUAAUAUUUAUGCACUUGUUAUGUUGAAUUUUUUUUUUUUUUUUUUUUUUUUUAAUUAAUGUUAACCAAAUUGACUAUUUUUUGUAUAUUGGUUUAAUUUAAAAGUUUAUUUUAAAUGCUUAUAAUUUUAUUUAAAAUGAGCAUAUGGUUGUAAAAUAAUUUGUAUAUAUUGAUAAUAGUAAAAUUAUUUGUAAACUAUUUAUCAUGACACAAUAUAAUGGAGUUUAUUUUUAUCAAGAGAGCAACAAGUUAAACUGUACAUAUAUUAUACUUAAUUAUUAGUUUUCAUUUAUUUUACUUAAUUUUGCCUAGUCAUAUUAUAAGUUAAUUAAUUGUACAUCAUUAAAUAUAUUAUGAUAAUUACUAAUUAGGUAAAAGGGUUUUGAAAAGUUGUGUUAUUUCAAUGAGAUUGGAAAUGUUAUUGCAAAAUCAAAAGGAAUAAAAUCUCUAACAAUUUGUUGUGUUAUUUUUAGAUUAUAUUUUUUUAUUCUUUGUUCUUUCAGUUUCAUAAAAAUGGCUUAUUAGAUCUUUACAAUUACAUAAAUUGUAAAAAGUCAAUUUAUAAUUAACUUUAUAAUAGUUUUGUUCUAAUUGAAUGAUUUAAUAUUAUACUGUUCUUUAUUUACAUUUUAUACAUAAAUCUUAGUCUUUAAAUUCUUAGGUUUGGAUUUACAUGAAUGUAAUUUAAUGAUUUGUGGUAAAUAAUAAUGGCUACCAGCCAGUUUUAUUAUUUUGACUGUUUUUCAAGUAAUUAUUUUUUUAAAUAUUAGAUAUUAAUGUAUUUUAAUCCUACAAUAAACUAAAUAUUUUUUAUAGUUAAGUUUUAUAAAUGUAUUUCUUGGCUUUUAUAGUAUUUUACAGUGUUGGGAAUGAAUUUGUUCAAAAAAAUUAAUAAAUAAUUCCUAGGAACGAGUUAUUUUUGUAAGAAUGAAGCUAAAAACUGAAUCCUUAAGAAAUUAGAAACAUGAACAAAUUCAUUUUUAUGAGGACCAUGAAUAAAAUUUACUGUUUUUUUAAUUUGUUUCUAAAAUAUUUUUCUUUGAUUCUAGUUAUGAAUAAGAAUGUACUUUUAUGUUGAUUAUUAACAAUAAUUUUUUUUAAUGAAAUUUAACAACCUUAAUUAUAUAUUUAUAUUAUGUCUUCAUUAUAUUAUUUAUUUUGAGAGCACAAGAUCACAGGUGCAAUCUGAAGUCUAGAGGGGCUUAUCCCCCGAUUCUUUAGCAUCUCAAAAAAAUUAUGAAGAAUACAUAUUAAUUUUUAAGAAGGGGAGAAAUUAAGUAUAUCUCCCAAAAAUUUUGUUAUAAUUGUAUCUUUGCACAAGAUUAUAAAAAGUGUAUUGAAAUAUACCUUCAACUUUAAUUUUAAA